AUGGAGCGCAGUCACAGUCCAAAGAGGCGGAAACUGGCAGGAGGCUUCCAUUCUGAGCACACCGAUUCGAGCGAAGAUCUGGGUCCAUCCUUAAAGCCUCAACUUGGAUCCAAAGGCCGCUUCGCGAGAACAUCUGACAGAGGUCAUGGCCGUCUGCACCACUCAAAGCCACACCAACAAGAGUUUGAUGGCCCGGAGCCUUUCUUCAACGAUGAGGAUACUGCGGCUAUGGACCGCGACUGGUACACCGGAGACGAGUUUGGCCACACUUUUGGCGACGAGACGCACAAUCCUUUCGGUGGUGCAGAUGCUACCUGGGCAGACAAGCAACGCGAACAGGCGCGUUUGGACAAGAGGUUGGGCAAGAGAAUGACGGCCAAGGCAGCCCAGAAACAGAAGGAGGUUGACGCCUGGGAAGCCAACCGAAUGCUCACAUCCGGUGUUGCACAGAGGCGUGACCAAGUUCAAGAUUUCGACGAUGAUGACGCUGUUAGAGUGCAUCUACUGGUGCAUGACCUCAGACCCCCCUUUCUAGAUGGGAAGACCAUCUUUACAAAACAGCUCGAACCAGUGCCAGCUGUGCGGGACCCUCAGAGUGACAUGGCUGUCUUUAGUCGGAAAGGGAGCAAGGUUGUGAGAGAAAAACGUCAGCAAAAGGAGCGACAGAAACAGGCGCAGGAAGCCACAAACGUUGCCGGCACUGCUUUAGGCAAUAUAAUGGGUGUGAGGGAAGAUGAGGGUGACAGCGCUGCUGCGGUACCUGAUGAGCACAGCGGCAAAAGCAAAUUUGCAACUCAUCUCAAGAAGAGCACGGGCAGCUCCGCAUUCAGCAAAAGCAAGACAUUAAAGGAGCAAAGAGAAUAUCUGCCAGCUUUUGCCGUCAGAGAGGAGCUAAUGCGAGUCGUGCGAGACAACCAGGUCAUCAUUGUCGUUGGCCAAACCGGUUCGGGGAAAACGACACAACUGACUCAGUUCCUAUACGAAGAAGGUUACGGCAAGCAUGGCUUGAUCGGUUGUACACAACCCCGAAGAGUUGCUGCCAUGAGUGUCGCAAAGCGUGUUAGCGAGGAGAUGGAAGUCGAGUUGGGCGGACUUGUGGGGUAUGCUAUUCGUUUUGAGGACUGCACAAGCGAUGAGACGGUGAUCAAAUAUAUGACAGAUGGUGUACUGCUUAGAGAAUCCCUGACUCAACGAGAUCUAGACAAAUACUCAUGCAUCAUUAUGGACGAGGCUCACGAACGUGCUCUCAACACCGACGUCCUGAUGGGUCUGAUCAAGAAGGUUCUUGCCCGACGCAGGGACUUGAAGCUGAUUGUUACAUCUGCCACCAUGAAUUCGGAGAGGUUCUCUCGCUUUUAUGGAGGUGCGCCAGAAUUCAUCAUUCCUGGCCGCACGUUCCCCGUUGACAUUCAGUUCUCUCGUUCCCCGUGUGAGGACUAUGUUGACAGCGCCGUCAAGCAGGUCCUCUCCAUUCACGUCUCCCAGGGCACUGGCGACAUUCUCGUCUUCAUGACAGGCCAGGAGGACAUCGAAGUGACUUGCGAGUUGAUUGAAGAGAGGCUUCGCCUGCUAGUUAAUCCUCCGAAACUCGUGGUCCUGCCGAUAUAUUCUCAAAUGCCUGCAGAUCUCCAAGCCAAAAUCUUCGAUCCUGCCCCGCCCGGUGUCCGUAAGGUCAUUGUUGCCACCAACAUUGCAGAAACUUCACUGACAGUGGAUGGGAUCAUGUACGUCGUUGACUCCGGAUUCUCGAAAUUGAAAGUCUACAAUGCAAAAAUGGGUAUGGAUACGCUACAAAUCACUCCGAUCUCGCAAGCCAAUGCCUCUCAGCGGGCGGGACGCGCUGGCCGCACCGGACCCGGCAAAGCAUUUCAUCUGUACACUGAGCAAGCUUUCAAGAAUGAGUUGUACAUCCAAACGAUUCCUGAAAUCCAGCGGACGAAUCUGGCAAACACGGUUCUGCUCCUGAAGUCACUCGGUGUCAAAGAUUUAUUGGAUUUCGAUUUUAUGGAUCCUCCGCCGCAAGACACGAUCACCACCUCUCUCUUCGACCUCUGGGCCCUCGGGGCGUUGGACCACGUUGGUGACCUGACAUCGAUCGGCCGCACGAUGACUGCAUUUCCGAUGGAUCCCUCACUGGCAAAGAUGCUCAUCACAUCCUCUACGGAAUAUGGCUGCAGUGAGGAGAUGCUCACCAUUGUCAGUAUGCUCUCUGUACCAUCUGUAUUUUACAGGCCAAAAGAGAGGCAAGAAGAGUCAGACGCCGCGAGAGAAAAGUUCUUCGUGCACGAGUCAGACCAUCUAACACUUUUGCACGUGUACACCCAGUGGAAAAGUAACGGGUACAGUGAUGGCUGGUGUGUUCGGCACUUCUUACAUCCCAAAGCACUACGCCGUGCAAAAGAGAUUCGAGAGCAAUUGCACGACAUCAUGGUUGGCCUGCAAAAAAUGGAGCUCGUUUCGUGUGGAACAGACUGGGAUAUCAUACGAAAGUGCAUAUGCUCUGGAUAUUAUCACCAGGCCGCCCGUCGACGAGGGGUUGGAGAAUACAUCAACCUGCGUACUAGCGUCACAGUCCAACUCCAUCCCACCUCUGCUCUUUACGGGCUUGGAGAUCCGCCCGAUUAUGUCGUCUACCACGAACUGAUCUUGACUAGCAAAGAGUAUAUGAGUUGUGUCACAGCUGUGGACCCACAUUGGCUGGCAGACCUCGGUGGUGUCUUCUACAGCCUGAAGUCGAAGGAGUAUAGUGCUAAGGAUAAGAGGAUCAUUGAGAGUGAGUUCAAUCGUAAGAUGGAGAUCGAGAGACAAAUGGCCGAGGAUCGAGCAAGAGAGGGGAAAAGGCGCCAGGAAGAUGAAGAGAAAGAGCGACUGUUGGUUGGAAGAGCGAAAAGUGGUGCAACCAUGGUUAAGAAGAUGGGCAGCCAUGGAGUGGUCAAGAAACCGAUAGUCCCAAGGAGGCGGAUGGGGUUUUGA